AUAUAGAGAGAGAAAGGUUGUGUCUUUAGAUGGGAAAAGUGGGUUUUUUAGCAGCCUAAUUGGAUUUUUGUAGAAACAAAUCUAAACCCACUUCAAAGAGGAGCUCAAGUACCACAAAGGUUAAGCCUUUAGGUCUGAUCCUCUUGUGUGGCGGUGACGGUAAUGGCAGUUAAUGGUGCUUGAGCGCACUAAUAAGCAGAGAGAUUGGAUAGAGUGAGCUUUUUGGUCUCAGGAGGGUUCACAUUCUAGCAUGGAGAGGAUGAAAGUAGUGUUGCUGGCCUUUUUGUGGCUGUGGGGUUCGAUAUGUCUAUCUUGCGCUGCUAGGCUGAGUGUUUCAAGGCAGAAGCUUGAAGUUCAAAAGCACUUGAAGCGCUUGAACAAACCUGCUGUCAAAAGUAUCCAGAGCCCAGAUGGGGAUAUCAUAGACUGUGUUCACAUGUCUCACCAGCCUGCAUUUGAUCAUCCUUUCCUCAAAGACCACAAGAUUCAGAUGAGGCCUAGUUAUCACCCUGAAGGACUCUUUGAUGAGAACAAAGUCACUGAGAAACCCGUUGAAAGAAUAAACCCUGUUACUCAGCUGUGGCAGUGGAACGGUAAAUGUCCCGAAGGAACCAUACCUAUUAGAAGAACUAAACAGGAAGAUGUUUUGAGAGCAAGUUCAGUCAAGAGAUAUGGUAGGAAGAAGCACAGAACUAUCCCUAAGCCAAGGUCUGCAGAUCCUGACUUCAUCAAUGAAAGUGGUCAUCAGCAUGCAAUAGCUUUUGUGGAAGGGGACCAGUAUUAUGGAGCAAAGGCAACUAUAAACGUAUGGGAACCCAAGAUACAGCAGCCUAAUGAGUUCAGUUUGUCUCAGCUGUGGAUUUUAGGAGGUUCUUUUGGUGAAGAUCUCAACAGCAUUGAAGCUGGUUGGCAGGUUAGCCCAGAUCUAUAUGGAGAUAACAACACAAGGCUCUUCACCUACUGGACUAGUGAUGCAUAUCAAGCAACUGGCUGCUACAAUCUCCUAUGCUCGGGUUUUAUUCAGAUUAACAGUGAAAUAGCAAUGGGAGCAAGCAUUUCUCCUGUUUCGGCCUAUCGUAAUUCCCAGUUUGAUAUAAGUAUACUUAUCUGGAAGGAUCCAACAGAGGGGCAUUGGUGGAUGCAGUUUGGUAAUAACUAUGUGUUGGGUUAUUGGCCAUCAUUCUUAUUUUCGUACUUAGCAGACAGUGCGUCCAUGAUCGAAUGGGGAGGUGAGGUUGUGAAUUCAGAACCAGAUGGUCAUCACACCUCCACUCAAAUGGGCAGUGGCCAUUUCCCUGAAGAAGGCUUUGGCAAAUCAAGUUAUUUCAGGAAUAUUCAGGUCGUAGAUGGCUCCAAUAACCUCAAGGUUCCCAAAGGGAUUGGCACCUACACUGAACAGUCAAACUGCUAUGAUGUCCAAACAGGCAGCAAUGGAGAUUGGGGCCAUUACUUUUACUAUGGGGGCCCUGGUAAGAAUUCCAACUGCCCAUGAAGGACAAAAACAUCAUUUCACCCUUAUUUCUCCCAUCCCAUGUAUCAUUCAACCUAGUGUAAUGUCCCCCAUCUCUCUCUCUCCUGUAUACCUAUUUUAGGUUUGGGUUAGUAUUAGCAACAUGUGAUAUCUCUGUAGUGGGAAGUUUUGACCCUCUUCCGUGCGUUUUGUUACUUGAAAAGAUCCUCCAUGUAAAUGGUUGGGAUUUGUGGUCUAAGUUUCUUAAAAAACUAAAGAAGCAGGCCUUUGUCACUCUUUGUAAUCUAUUUAGUUUUGUUUACUCCUUUCUUGGAGUGGCUUGUUAAUGUUAAUGAAUGGAUGGUUUUCUU